GCACUCGCUGCCCCUAACCUGCCCCGGGAGCCUGGGAGUGCGGCUUGGGAAGGAGGGAAAGGAGUGUGUGAGCAGGGAUUGGCCCGAACCUACCUCCACGCUCUCCCCCGGGACUGGAGGUGAAGGGGGGCGUGGAGGAAAUCUCAGGGAACAGGGGCUUCGCCAGGGGGCUCCCGCCCGCCCGAGCCCCCUCCCCAAAAUUCGAGGCCUGCACAGUAUGCCUUCUCCUCAAAACCCCGGAAGCGAGUUAGUGAAUUCAGGUCACUAAGAAGCUGAGCCCGCGGAAAGCCGCCCAAACACCCCCUUCUCUAGGGGACUCCCCACGCCCCCCGCCUGGACGCGUUUCCGAAGCCGCCGCCCGGACUGCAACCGCGUGGCCUGCGCCGCGUCCUCUUCUCCGCAGCCUCCGAGGCCCGUGCGACCAAGCUGAAACCCCUUAUUCUCCGGAGCCCCUAUGACCCCGGAUGGGGGCCAGGGCUCGCCUCGAUCGCAGCCCGUGCGCCCUCCGGACUCCAGCUCGCCGGGACUGGGCUGCACCAGAAGCGGCUAGUGUGAGUGAAACAAACGGGAAAUUUGCUCUGGCCCGCCUGCCCAGCCACCCACGGCUGCCUGUUGGCCAAUCACCAUUUGACCAGUCCAGGAAGAGCAACUGUGGCAGGCCUGAUUUCCUGGGAGGCCCCAGACUCCCUUUGCCUACCUCUUCCUCUCUGACCCCAUCCUCGCUUCGAUGCCCGGGACCUGCUACCCAGAAACAACAUGAGGCUCAGAGAGAAGAAAUAACUAAAACUACACAGCUGGUACAUGGCAGAGUUGGAACUAAAAAGUUAAGUGUGUCUCCCCCAGAGCCAAGUAGACCUGCUCUUUUUUGAACACAUCCUGGGCUUUCAUGCCUUUGUCCCAGCUGUGCUCUCUCCCCAGAUGCCCCUUCCAUCUGGGCAGCUCCUACUAGACCUGCCUUGGCAUACAUAACACAGGAGAACAGAUUGCCAAAGGGUAGGAGAGUGCCUGGUCUAUAGUGUGCGCCCAACACAGAUUUGGUGAAUGAAUGAACAGUGGGUCCAGUAGACCUGGAUUCUGCCAUGUAACCCACUGUGUGGCCUUGGUGGAGCCAUGUGGGUGCAAUAAUCCUGGUUUCCACCCUUCAGGGCUGCUGCUGCGACUCAGUGAGGUCAUCAUGUAUCUAAUGCCCUUUGCUCAGUGCUGGGCACACAGUGAAUGUGCAUUGAAUCUUAGCUAUUGCUACCUUUACAAUCAAUCAAAAGUCACUUCUGAAGAACAGCCUGGGCUCCCCCAGGCCAAAUAAAUAAUUCCUCCCGGGACAAACCCCAGCUCUCACUCCCUCCUCUUUCGGCAGGGGGCUCCCUGAAGGACAGAGGCCCGGUCUUAUUCCAUCUUGCCAUCCCCCAUGGUGCCGGGCAUACAGUGGUGCCCAGUAAACGUGUGUGUUGCACAAACAUGCGGUAACUAGGGCCCCAUCUUUUUCAAAAGAACACACUCCCCAGUUGCAGCCGCAAAGAGAGACUGUUCAGCUUUUCAGGUGAAGUUUUGGGGUGAAACUCGUCUGAAUAAAAGUUUUGCUGAACACAGCCUCACCCCCAACAAGGAGGCAAUUUGAGAUGGGGGUGGGGAAACUUAGAUGUGGGCUCCCGGGUUUUAAAGGGGGUAGCGCGGGAGGAAGCCCCCCAAUAAUUGCGGGGCUUCCCCCACCCCCAGAGCUGGAUUAGAGGCUGCGCCGCUUCCUUUGGGGAUCGCUCGCGCUUCCUGGGAGCCUUUGAUGUGGGUUCUUGGUAAAUCCUGCCCGCGGGGCCUGGAUGCGGGCGGAGCCUCCGGGCAGGGCGGGGCCUCAGUCUGGGCCGGCAUUGGGGAGGCGGCCACCCGGUAGCUGGGGCGGGUUCCGCCCACCUCCCGCCUGUAUUUACAGCCCCCUUCCAACAUCCCCGACUCCCUGAGGGCGCCCCUCAUUCUGCUUGGCCUUGCCUUCCCCAUUCGGCCACAUCCUCCUCUGUCCCAACUCAGCUUCGACCCCCAACGCCUUUCCCUGACCAUUGGAACCACAGGCUUUUCUCCGGCCUCUGAGUGCCAGUCUUCGACUAGGUGUUUUUUAAAAAAUCAAAAAGCAUCUCAUCCUACGGGAUGUGUGUG